UGAUGAUGACGCGGGCGGCGAUUUGGGGUUGAAAGAGAUGACUGUGACACAGCCGACGCUCUCGCGCCUCGGGGAGGUGGGCCUCACCGUCAGCCCAAAGCUGUCGCCGCGCCUCGCCGACACUUCAAUCCGGCUUGAGCACGCGCUCACAAAGGACGUGCUCAACCGAAAGCUCUCCGAGCGCCCGUCACUGCGGGACCUCGUCGACGCGGGGGUGAUGAAGCCAACUUCGCUCUCCGUCUCGCCGUGUCUGGCGGGGCCGGCCGAGAAGCUCGAGCUUAGCCUCCGGCACGACCGGCUCGGUCGCAAACUUGGGCGGCGGCCUUCUCGCGAGCUCGUCACCGAGGCGCACAUUCUCCGGACUGCAAGCCACCUGGAUCCCUCGCUGGCACCCGCGGCCGACGCUCUGCAGCAGCAGCGCAAGCGCGAUGCCGCCUCCGACCGCCUCCGCUCGUGCGGCAUCUCGACCGCGAUCAUGGUCUGACGGACAGCGGCGGCAGAAAUGCAGCGGCUAGCUGCACUGUCAACUGCGCCAACGGGACACGCCCCGCCAGAACUCUCAGAGCGUGAUCAUGGUGACGGACGGAACUUACCAGGAGCGGACGCGGCGUGGCUCUAGGAAGCCGCUACCAGCAUGUCCUGUGAUCACCUGUACAUGCACACCCGCUCCGCCGUCUGUUGAUCACAUGCAUGUGCACCCGCGUACAACAUACAUGGCCAUACACACUCACAUGGACAUGGAGCAUGCAGAGGAACAGUAGAGCCCUGUGUCUUGACAUGGUGUGAGAGUGCGCGCUAGGAGUCGUGACACACGCGCGACGCGGAGGUGCAGGUGGCCCCCGGGGGGUGCAGUGUGCACGUGUGUGCAGUGUCCGCCCCCACACGCCGCGCGAAGAAGACGAAGAGAGAGAUCGAGAGUGGGCUCUUCUAUCUCUCGUACUUCUCUCUUGUUGCAUGUACAUGUAGU